AUGGAGAGAUUGAGUUGCACAGGUUCAUCGAUCAGAAGGCGUUCAACGAGCAUAUCAAGUCAUACAAGCCACCAUACAGAUAAUGAUGACGAAUCUGAGAGGGUUUCAGAGGCUGGAGACAUUGGGGAUAGAGCUCUUCCAAGCACCAGACUCAGUGAGAGUGGUAGUAUCCGCUCCUCUUUUGACAUCAGGCCAGAAGAAAAUGAAGUUGUUGUUUCAACUGAAGAUGAGGAAAUAUUGCACCCAAAUUCCACUCUUUCAACAGGUGCCGUAGUGGACUCUGAAGCCAUAAAUCAUGAAACUCGUAGAGGUUUGCCGAAGUUGCUGGACUAUGCUUCAUGUAUGUUUCAUUUAGCUGUUUUUGGAAUUCUUGGGGUCUUGACAAGAUAUUUACUGCAAAAAUUGUUUGGCCCUGGGGUUGGCAAUGUGACAAGCAACAAAACUCUUCUUUACCUUGACCUUCCUUCUAAUAUGAUAGGUUCAUUUCUUAUGGGAUGGUUUGGUAUUGUAUUCAAAGGAGACAUAUCUCAAGUGUCAGAGCAUCUAGCUAUAGCAAUAACAACUGGUUACUUAGGGAGUCUUACGACCUUCAGUGGUUGGAAUCAAAAAAUGCUUGAACUCAGUGUUUCUGGUCACUGGCUUUUCGCUUCGCUUGGAUUUGUAGUAGGUAAAUAAUUGUGAUGAACAAGAGUACUUUACAAGAGAAAUUAUUGCAAGGCUUACAUA